ACUUUCUCCUCGUUUCUAUCUCUCAAUUUUAUUUGUUUUUUUUCUUCUUACUGCACAGUUUCCUCAUCAAGAUGAGUUGAAAGAAAUUCUUCUUCAGUGAAAGUAUAGUGGAAAGUUGAAAAGUGUUUGGUUUGGUCCUCUAGACAUGGGUCCUUUUACACUGGCCAUUGACACCAAGAGCUCUUCUAUUGUCUCUUCAGAUGUAUCCAAUAGGAAGAUCCAAAACUUACAGCUGGAAACAAGAAAGUGCUUUGCAUCAGUCAGCAUGGAAGAGGAAAAACCUUUCAAUUUCCUACGUAUUCUAUUUGAGGGUAUCAUAGCAGGAGGUACAGCUGGUGUUGUGGUUGAAACGGCUUUAUACCCAAUUGAUACGAUAAAGACACGGCUGCAGGCAGCUCGUGGUGGAGGUAAAAUAGUUUUGAAGGGGCUUUAUUCUGGAUUGGCUGGGAAUCUUGCUGGUGUCCUACCGGCUUCUGCCUUAUUUGUUGGUGUCUAUGAACCUACAAAACAGAAACUAUUGAAGCUCUUCCCUGAAAACCUUAGUGCUUUUGCUCACUUGACUGCUGGGGCCGUAGGAGGAAUUGCUGCUUCACUUAUUCGUGUUCCAACUGAGGUUGUAAAGCAAAGGAUGCAGACUGGGCAGUUUACUUCUGCUUCUGAUGCUGUUCGUCUUAUUGCAUCAAAGGAGGGAUUUAAGGGUCUUUAUGCGGGUUAUGGAUCUUUUUUAUUACGAGAUUUUCCAUUUGAUGCCAUUCAAUUCUGCAUCUACGAGCAACUCAGGAUUGGUUAUAAGGCAGCGGCUCGGCGAGAUUUAAAUGAUCCUGAGAAUGCUAUUAUUGGUGCUUUUGCUGGUGCAUUAACAGGAGCAAUAACAACUCCUCUUGAUGUUAUCAAGACAAGGUUAAUGGUUCAGGGAUCUGGAAACCAGUAUAAGGGGAUCUUUGAUUGUGUUCAAACAAUUGUUAGGGAGGAAGGGCCUCCUGCUCUUCUUAAGGGCAUUGGACCAAGAGUCCUGUGGAUUGGUAUCGGCGGUUCAAUCUUUUUUGGCGUCCUUGAAAGCACGAAACGGUUCCUUGCACAGACGCGUCCGCCACCCAGUCAACACUCAAAACAUGAUUAGAAUUUAUUGACUGGGCGAAAUAACUGCUUCAUAUUUCACUGUUUUUAACAUUUUUUACGGUUCAAUAUCGACAAUAAAAGGGGAAAAUUUUUUAGUGAAGAACAAGCUAAGAUAGAGCUAUCUAUAUAUGCUUUCUGCUGCAAGAAGCAGGACAUCAACAACAAAGAAGGAAGCUGCUUUUAUUUUA